AUCAGACAGAAGGCAGAGAGAGAGAGAGAAGUCGCUUGCCUUCCCAUUGCGAUCUCGUCAUGUGCAAAGUUCAAGAACAUUUUAUGUUCUGUAAAAACCGGGAUGGCUGGCUAUAGGAAUGAACGGUUUGUGAAAGUUAAUUCUGUUAUAGAAAAACAAUUUUGACAUUUAUAGUUGAUGAGAAACCCGGGGGUGUAGCCCAACAAAAAAUAUGGAAAACAUAUCGAGCUCUGCAAGCGCAAACUCUGCGUGCAACCAUUCUAUGGACUUCUAUUCAUUCAACUCUAUCAACCGGACCGAUUUGAAUUGUACACCCCCGGAUCAGUAUUUCCUUCAUCCGGAUUUCUACGUUGUUCUGCCGGUCAUCUACUCGGUGAUAUGCGCUGUGGGUUUGACAGGCAACACAGCCGUUAUUUAUGUAAUCCUCAAAGCACCCAAAAUGAAAACGGUCACCAACAUGUUUAUCCUGAACUUGGCUAUCGCUGAUGAUUUGUUCACAUUAGUCCUCCCUAUCAACAUCGCAGAACAUCUCUUACAUUACUGGCCUUUCGGAGAGGUACUGUGUAAAAUAAUCCUCUCCAUUGACCACUAUAACAUUUUCUCCAGCAUCUACUUUCUCACGGUGAUGAGCGUCGAUCGCUACUUGGUGGUCCUCGCGACCGUGCGGUCCAGAAGAAUGCCCUACCGCACUUACAGAGCCGCCAAAAUUGUCAGCCUGUGCGUCUGGGUGCUGGUGAUACUUAUUGUCAUGCCAUUCACCGUGUUCGCUGGGGUUUACAUUAUGCCCGAUGGCAUGGAAAGAAAAAGCUGCGUCCUGCUUUUCCCCAGCCCGGAAAGUUUCUGGAUUAAAGCUAGUAGGAUAUAUACCCUCAUACUCGGCUUCGCCAUCCCCGUGUCAACCAUCUGCAUUCUCUACACUAUGAUGCUGUACAAACUGAGAAACAUGCGGCUGAACUCCAACGCUAAAGCUUUAGACAAAGCGAAGAAAAAAGUGACAAUCAUGGUGUUCAUCGUGCUGGCGGUGUGCCUGUUUUGCUGGACCCCGUUCCACCUAAGCACCAUCGUCGCCCUCACCACAGACCUGAGGACGACCCCUCUCUUGAUAGGAAUUUCUUAUUUCAUCACCAGUCUAAGCUACGCCAACUCGUGUCUAAACCCAUUCCUGUACGCCUUCCUGGACGACAGUUUCAGAAAGGCGUUCAAGAAGAUGCUCGAAUGUAGACCGGCUUGAAUUUACAGAACUUGGAAGUUUGAUGCAGCAUUGAAAGAAAUUGAUCUCCA